AAAACUAUCCAACUUUAUGGUGUGUGGCCAAACCGCAGUUUUGCGAAAGAAUGGUGUCUGAGGAAUUGGUCCGUGGGAUGCUGUACCUGUCCCUGAGCGUGGUGGGUGUACCUGGCAACCUGGUGGUGAUCCUGGGCUUCCUGGUGGCACUCUACCAGGAUAAGCGUCUGCUGGCAGCCGACACCAUUGUGCUUCACCUGGCAUUCGUCAACCUGAUGGUGGUGGCGGUGCGAUGCCUGCCGGAGACUCUGGCGUCCUUCCGCCUCACUGCUGUCUUCGACGACGCUGGCUGCAAAGGCAUUAUCUUCAUCUACCGGACGUCGCGCUCCCUCUCCAUCUGGCUCACCUUUGUCCUGAGCGCCUAUCAGUCUCUGAGCGUCGCCCUCCCCGGCUCACGCUGGGCCGCCGUCCGUACCUGGCUAGCUCACCACUUGGGCCUGGUGUUCCUUGUCCUCUGGCUGCUCAACACGUGCAUGAGCUCGGCUGCCAUUCUCUUCUCCUUCGGGGCCAGGAACACGUCAGCCACAAUCAGCCACGGUGUCAAUGUGCAGUUUUGCUUUGUCAAUUUCCCCUCCAAGCUCUCCAAGGAGGCCAAUGGGGCAGCCCAGGUGAGCAGAGACGUGGUGCCCAUGGCCCUCAUGGCCCUUGCCAGCCUCAUCAUUCUGUUCUUCCUCUACAAGCAUAGCCGGCAGGUGAAGGUCCGACGUGGCGGCAGAGGAUCGGAGCGGAGGGCGGCCAAAGCCGUGGUGGCCCUCGUGACCUUGUACGUGGUCCUCUACGGGGUGGACAAUGGGCUUUGGGUUUACACGCUCACUUUGAGUAAGACCAUGAGCAACUCGCUGGUGUCGGACCUGCGCAUAUUCUUCUCGUCACUCUACGCCGCACUGAGCCCGCUUGUUGUCAUUGCGUCCAACAGGAAGCUGAACGGGAGGCUCAGGUGUGGCGUCGCGGUUAAAAUUAGCAAGACACAACUCUCUUCAACAUGUGAGGACUAG